AUGAAUGAAAAUGGGAUUAUUGAGGAACCCACACUAGGGAUGGUUUUUGGAUCUCAAGAAGAAGCAUAUUCAUAUUACUUCAACUAUGGGAUUCGGAAGGGGUUUGGUGUGAUGAAAAGAAGUUCAAAACGAGGAGAUGAUGGUGUUGUUAGAUACUUUACUUUUGCAGGUUUUAAGAAUGAUCAGAAGAAAAAAUCUACGGGGAAGAGCUCAUUUGCCUCCAAACUUUCAACUAAAACGAGUUGUAAAGCGAAGAUAAAAUUGACAUUGUGUGAUGAUGGGAAUAUUCAAGUGACAACAGUUCAUCUUGAUCAUGACCAUUUGUUAAGCCCCGGAAAAGCACGUCAUUUUCGAUGCAACAGAAAGAUAGAUGAUCGUGUGAAAAGACGACUCGAAAUAAAUGAUGAAGCUGGGAUUGGUGUGAGUAAGAACUUUCAUUCUCUUGUUGUUGAAGCUAACAGAUAUGAGAAUGUUACCUUUAAUGAGAAAGAUUGUCGCAACCAUAUCGAGAAACAAGAAGAAGUAAGCUUGGUGUUGAAGAUGCUGAAGCAGUUCACAAACGGGCGAAGUAGGACUGCUUAUGAAGCUUUUGGAAAUGUGAUCACAUUUGACACGACUUACCUAACUAAUAAGUAUAAAAUGCCUUUUGCUCCAUUCGUCGGCGUGAAUCAUCAUGGGCAAUCUGUAUUGUUUGGUUGUGGGUUGCUGACAAAUGAAGGCACAGAAUCAUUUGUGUGGUUGUUCUAG